AUCAGAGCUGUUAAAUUAAUUAGAUGCAUAAACCGGGUCGUUUAAUUCCUCAAAUUCCGCUAAAUCAUCUUGCUCUAUUUUUUAGCGAUAUUGAUGACGUGCCAAACUCCAUAAUUUUUUUCAGUUGACCUUGCCUCGGCUGGUCAGCUGAGAAUGUGGCCGAGAAGUCGCUUUGCGUCCAGCAGCCAGGACAGGACCAGCGUGUGGAGCGACUACAUGGAGAAGCCGGCCGAAAAUGAGGUCGUCGAACUGGAGGACCUCGUCACCGACGACGACGUUGAGGGUCAGAGCGAUCAGUUCAAAAUCCUAAACUACCUCAUGGGCAAACCCUUGUCCCCAUCGGAAGAGGCUGAAGUGCUGCAGUCUCUGCAGAACACCAAUGCUGCCUGCAUCGAAGACCUUUUGCAGAUAAUUAAUGAAGACUCAGGCGAGUCGAGAAGCGACCCAAUUGAGACUGGGCCUAAGAUAACGUUUGCGGACAGUGUCGAACACACUCCAUCUCCAUCCCUGACGGUAGUGGCUUGCAUGAGGCUAAAGCUGGCCACUCUGGAACUCAGUCCGGACGGUCUGGAAGUGUGUCAGGCAAUGAAGCAAGGCGCUAGAACCACCAGCCUGCUCUUUUUGGCUGAGUACUUGCCUCCCCGCAGCUGCAUCAACAACACGCCUGUCCGUUUAUCUUCAAAGAGAAUUUGCAACAACGUGAUUACAUUUGAGCAAGAGAAGCUGCACAGUUGUGAGUCAAACAAGCCUCUGGAAUUCACGAUUUUGAUCAAGAAGUCGGGCUGCAUGGAGUCGGUGUUUGGCGUCGCUUGUUUCGAUUGGACAAAAGUAUUACUCAGCAGCAACAUGUGCGACGUCAGCCUCAUUGUAACGCACCCUUCGAAAAACACAGUCUUGGGAAAGCUGAAGAUUCGCAUCCAAAUUGGUGACGAGCAUUCAAUAAUGAAGCAACCGCCAAAAGAUGUCGGCGCUCUGAGGAGACUUGACGUCGAAAGGCGCGGGGUGGAGCAGCUGGUAAUCGUGCCAGUUGUGGAAGAGGAGAAGAGGGAAAAGAACAAAUCCCAUUCAAUACAGCCUCAGAGCCUUCUCCUGCGGUGUUUGUUUUCCGCCACAUCCAGUCGAGGCUUCGCUGCCGACAAUAUAUUUCUAGUGCUGAAAGCUUUUUGGCUUGGCGAAGAUUGCAAAAGUUGUAUAUUUUCCAGUAAAGAAAAUGACGUAAAUUUUAAUGUGAGCGCGCCUGUAUUUUUAUCGCCUUAUUUGCUGAACCGGUGCAAAGGAAACAACGCCAUUCUCGAAGUCUGGAACGCAACCGUCGAAGGAGACCAACUUGUCGGGAUCACCUUGCUUCCUCUGCACACAUUUUAUCUUGCCUAUCAUGACAGUCUCGUUACAAAAACCCUUUUAGACUGCAAGUUACCUGUAAUAUCUGUUGACAAUUGGCUGCAAGUAGUUUCAACAAAAAGUGGCAGUCAGGUUGGAGAAGUCAUGUGUCUUUUGACCUUUGGCUCAGAUGAGCAAGUCACACAACUGGAAAUAAAACGUGGUCUCAGAAACUGCGACAAAGAUCCGGCGCCAGUAAGCCAAGAGCCAUCGCCUUCUACCCUUGCAUUUACGGAAGCAACAACCAGCGUGCACUGUUUGAGCGUCUCAGUUUUGAAGCUGAAUGGUGUUUUUGGAGCCAAAGUCGAUGCUGAGUGUUUUGUGGAGUGCAACAUACCAGACGAAAAUGGUUCGCUAAAGAAGGUGACGUCAUCAUGCACAGCUUGCGGCGUGGAGUCGAAACUGAGCAGCACUCUAGAGUACCAAGCCAUUCUUCCCGUUGGAAAUUGCCUUUCAAAGUUUUUCAGUAGCUUAAGUAAAGACUGCCUCACUUUUGAGAUUUUCUGCAAAAUCAGUUCACCCAGGUUAAAAAACAUCAAAGUCGCGGAGGCGCACAUGCCGCUCUCGGACCUUGAAUUCCUUGAAGACCAAUUUUCCAUCAGCGAACAGCCCGCGUUCCUCAGCUUGGCGCUGCCGGUUAAAAUCGAAGGAGAAAAAAUGCCGAGACUGAUCACCAACGACCACGGCACCCUCGUCGUCCGCCUCGAGUACAGCAAAGCGGCCAAAGAGGCCUUGAUUUCAACCGAAGACGACCGUUCUUCAGUGGCCACACAGACCGACGAGUCAGAGAAGGAGAACGGCGAGCAGCUGUGGAGCACAACGCUACUGUCGCAAUUGCAGAAGCUGCGCGUGUCCAAGACCAGUGCAACCUCGAAGGAGAACACGCCGAAGAAGACAUUCCGGUGCCACGUAAAGGUGGAGAAGGCGAUCCAGCUGCCGUACACCAAGACCACCACCGACACGGCCAUCACGCACUCAGAACCCUGCACUUACGUCUCCAUCUCCAAUGUAGGGGACGCCAAAGUCAGUCCUGUUGUUCUCUAUUCCAUUGACCCCGCCUGGAACUGGAGCUGUGAACUCGAGCUGCCAGCACACCUGUUGCUAGAGGGUAGCGAAAAUCUGGUCCUGAAAGUGUGGCAGCUGCCCAGUUGCACCGACACCCCCAACACAAAGUCCAACACCAUUCUGUGCUUUGCCGCUGUGCAAAUCGCGGACCUCAAGUACGGACUGCCCAAGAUCUCCGGCUGGUUCAACCUGGUCAACUACUCGGGCAAAUACUGCGGGAAAAUUUACAUGUCCAUAACACCAUUGGAAAGUUUGCCAGAGCUGAUGUUUCCUCAAAGAGGAGUCGCGAAGCAAAACCCCUUUGUCCUGCCUUUAGCUGCAAGUGCUUCCAUCCGCCCCAUUGAACCUCCAGCGCCAGGCAAACCUAAUCCUUUCAUCGAUCUUUCUUCAUCUGUUAUGGAGUCAACUUUAAGAAAGCAACUGAUGGACUUUGACGAGUUGACGACGCAGCUGAAGGAAAACAUAAGCGACCUGAGGGUAGAACUGGCCCCCACAGCGCCGGGAAGUGCAAAAGCCGCCUCAGAAAGCGAGGAAAAAGGCAGUUGCGGUAGCGAGGCGAGCGAGGAGGAAAGCUCAACAGACACAGUCGACUCCGAUGUGGCCAAGCUGCUGGCCAAGUUCGACCUGGAGACGCUGCACAAGAUCGUGGAGCAACUGGAUGACGAGGUGAACAAAAUGAACCACGGCAGCAAGCCAGACUAUGUGUGUUCGACGAAAGUGGCCGAGCAGCAGUCGAUGCCGCCACGGGACAGUGACUCGUUGGUGCCGCCAAUCGAGGCUGACCGCGCCUCCAUCGGAAGCCACUCUGAUUCAGGCAUCUCGAAUUCGGCCAGAAAGAGACAUUUACAGCAGUGACCUCGUCUUGUUAACCUACUUUAAAAUCAUCAAAUUUUUCUUUUAUUGACAUUUUAUUUUAAUUCAGUCAUAGCUCUUUUGAAUAAAGACAUAUUUACUGGAUCAGUACAA